UUCGAUGAGACGAAUUGCUGCUGAUCGUUUCUUCACUACUCUUUUGGUUGUUGAAAGCUCCAUUGAAUGCUUGAAAUUCAUGGAAAGCGAAGUAUCGGUCGUUUUUUUGACUAUCUGUGUAGUUAUGGAAAGCGGCGAAGUAUCGCAAUUACAGUAUCUGAAAAUUAUACCAAAAUUAUAGCUGCAGAAGUCCCUCUAUUAACCCUAUUUCCUGGCUAAAAAAAUGUAUCCUCCAUGAGCAGAAGAACAUAGCACCACGAGCAGAAAAAUCAACUCAAACACAGACAUCAAGUACUAGAUCAUGUCGAGUUCCAAAGCACGGACGCUGCAGGUGAUUUAUCACUCAAGAACGGGAUUAGCUGCGCAGAUGUCUGCUGCAAUUGCUAGUGGAGCGCGAGGAGCCACGCUCAUAUCCUCUGGAGAGAGUAGGUCGAGCAUGUAGGACUUUAUUAUGAUGUUCAUGUUCUUCAGAAAUUUCGAUGUAAUCCGACGCCCAACAAGAUGAAAUACUAUGAGCCUCUUCUUCUUCAAGCAGCAGUUAUUUUGUCGCGUCCUCUUAAAUUUUUAAAAACGCGACUACCUCCUAGAUGAACUAUGACUAGCCUCAUUUCUAAGUUUCUCCGUUGCAUGUGCAGCGACUCCGUUGCGAGCGAGUCAGUUCGCAGAUGCUCUGUGCUGCAGCAGGCUUCGUUUUCUGUGCUCCAGAAAAUCUUGCAAGUCUAUCUGGCGAAAUGAAGUCGUUUUUUGAUCGGACCUACUACGAUAUGAUGCCGGACGAAGACGAAGUACACCAGGAUGUUGUUCUUCAGCAAUUAGUAAGGCUUUAUAGAAGAUACGAUUCAAUUUAUUCCAUUUUCAACGCGAAUGAUUCUCUUCUAUUCGUCCCUUCUUGAGGCUUUGAAGAAAUGAACCUAGUAGUAAGUAGAACUAAAAAAUUGCUUUGACCUCAUCUAAAGCAAGAGGGCGAGCCAUUACUUGCGAGGAAACCCUAUGGGGCUGCUAUUGCCGCAGGAUCCGAUGGAAGCACUGCCGCGAGACAAAUAGCGCGAAUUGCACAAGGUUGGCGACUCUCGAAGGUCAUGCCUGAGGAUGCCGUGAUCAUUCGAAAUCAACUGGCACAAACAAAACGAAACAUUCUACUUAUGAGAAUAGCACUACUUAUUCUAGGAAUAGCACUACUGCAGGAAUAGCACUACUGACUGGAAACUACGAGCAUGUUGUCUUUCCUAAGCACUGCCGAUGAAGAGAGACAUCAUAAAGUGCUGUGAAUUAUGUUAAGUGCUGAAUAAUGUUGAAGCUAAUGCUAAGUAUGUUCUGCUGCCCCUGCAAGAUUCAUACCAGUGUCGCCGAAGCCGCUGCUCACCACAGCCGACCGCGUAGCAUGCGAAGACCUAGGCGCUUUAGUUGCCAGCAGAAUUCUACUCACCGAGGAGGUAGACUGAUUUGCAUUCCAACCUGGAAGGAAAACGCUUGUUACUCCUGGUGACGGCUUCAUAUUUUCGUCGCUGCACGCAAACGCACUAGAAGAGCUGAAGCGAUGUGUGGCAGAAAAAUGAUUGGUGAACAUGGAUUUGUUGAUGCGCAAGAUGAUAAAGCUAAUGAAGAUUCAUACAACGAACUCAUCAAGAAAAAGUUAAACUGUUCCCUCCGCUUCAAUGCUUAUUUUUACCAACAAC